GCCGGAGCCCCGCGCGGCGACGGGGCGGCGCCCGAGCCUCGAGCCAAUGGCGCGGCGCCUCCGUUUAAAUAGACGGGCCGUGUCAAUCAGCUUCUCCUCCGUCCGCCUCCCUUCAAUCGCCAUAUUGGGCCACUGGCUGGAAAAAAAGGCUCGUCUCUCCCCCCCCCCUUACACACCCGCCCAGAGCGAAGCCUUGACAUCGGGACGAGGCUUUGGGCCAAAGCGCAGGAUCCCCGGGCAGCCCUCGCCUCCCGUCACCCAGCUACUGGUCCGGGCGCUGCUGCUGCUCCGCUCCCCCCCCCCCCGCCUCCGCCUCCGCGAUCUGCUUCCUCCCCCCCCCCGCUGGUGCACUUGGUCCGCAAUAAGACAUUCCGCUUGCCCCCCCCCCCGCGCCCCUCCUCUCCGCCUUUCCCCGCCUCUGGCUUAUGCAAGGGCUGCUCGGCUGCUGCUGCUGCUGCUGCGCGGGGGGGGGGGGCUCUUCGAUGUGUUUUUGUUUUGAAGUCUUCAUCUCGGUCGGGCUCCGGUUUUAAACCCGCCCGCUGCGCUCUCCCCCUUCGCGCAAGAGCCCGGGCGCGGGGCUCGUCGGGAUCGGCCGCCGGAUCUCGCUCGCGGGACGGCGCGGGCGGCGGGGACAGCUCCGGGCGAUGUCCCACGUCCGCCUCUCGAAUGGGAGCCCGACGCUGGAGAGGAUGGAAGCCCGGCAGGCGGACUACCCGAAGCCGUCGGCUUGCCGGAGCCUCUUCGGCCCGGUGGACCACGAGCAGCUGGCCCGCGAGCUGGAGAAGCAGAGCCGCGCGCUGGAGGAGGCCGGCCGCAGCAAGUGGAACUUCGACUUCGGGCGCUGCCAGCCCCUGCAAGGCAGGUACGAGUGGCAAGCCGUGGCCAAGGACGCCCUGCCCGACUUCUACAGCAGACCCCCCCGGCUGAGCCGAGGCCGCGCCAAGGCCGGCAGCCAGCCGCGCCGGGGGGGCUUGGAUGGCCGCGGCCCCGACGGCGCUCCGGCGCGCUCAGGGAAUCUCGAGGAGGAGGAGGAGGACGCCGCGCGGCGGCCGGAGCAAGAGGCGGGAGCGGCGGGCGCUGCCACGGAUCUAGGGCGCCAGAGCCCCGGGCCAAGGAAGCGACCUGCUGCGGACGAUUCCUCUCCUCAAAACAAAAGAGCCAACAUGACAGAAGAGGCUAUUUCAGAAGACUCUUCCAGUGCCUGCUCAGUGGAACAAACACCCAAGAAAUCCAGCCCAAGACGGCAUCAAACGUAAAUUGUUUAUUAGAAUUAAGAACAUUCAUUUCCUUGUUCUUUGAAGGCAUCAAGUUCAUGAAGCAAGGAAGAUGCAGAGUUUGUAUAUGAAAAAAGAAAGAAAACAUAUCACUGAUUCUCCUCAGUGGAGAACUUGUACACGCACUGAAACAAAACAAACCCAUAAUUUAAUAACACUAAAGUCGGGCACUCUUAAAAGAGCUGCCUCUUAAAGCAUCGGAUGUAGCAUUCUGCAAUUAAGUUUUUCCUCAUUUGCUUCACUGUACUACCUGUGUAUAUAGUUCCUACAUUAUGUAGCACAUAAACCUCUCCUUGCGCCCCCCCCCUUUUGGGGUUAGUUUGUUCUGGGAAAGGGUGGGGUGGUAAAAGGUGAUGGGUUCAAAAAUCUGCUUCCAAGAUCCAGAAAGCAGAGAUUUGUAUGAAGAGAAGCAGCAUAUGUGUUUAUUUCUUAAAGAUGUACUGUCCCUAUUAAUGGAAUCUAAAAAUCAAUGUUAACACUGGCUACAGCAGAUUGAUAGAAUUUGCUGGUGAAAUUUCUACUUAUUCAGAGCAUGUUUCAGUGGGAGGUUUGCCUAUGCUAAAUCCCACUAAAAUGAAUGGCAGUUGUGGAAGACAUCAAGCUCACAGCAAGUGCAGAAGAAUGUUCCAUGGAAUUGUGCCCUAGACUUUAUGGAGGAACUGUGUUUCCAUUAUGUAGCAGCAUAAAGGCUCCUGCUCCAGGACCCUUUAAGUGUUCAAUUCUAUUUCUUUUUAUUUUUGCCACCUAUAAUAUAUUACUAUAAAUGAUUUCAAAAGUAAUUUAUAAAUAAAUCAGCUGAAUAGAAUGGAAGGGAAAUUAGUAAAACCCUGAACUUCAACCUUUCUUCAUCUCACUCACGUCCCUGAUGUUCAUGGCUGGGUAAAUGAAAGGAAAACUACAUCUUUAAACAGUAUUUUUUACAUUGCCUGUAUGUUUAAAAAAUAAGGUUUUGAAUUGUACCUGUGUACAUAACUUUGUAAAGACACUGAGAAAUUAUACUAACUUAUUUAUGUUAAAGAUUUUUUUUUUAAUCUAGAAGAUAUUUUCCCAUAAAGCCAAAGCGGCCUGUGUCUUGUGCAUUUGUAAAUGCUCUAUUUGAUAGGGUGUGUUUUUUUAGUUUUUAUUGGGGGGAUUUGUUUUGUUAAUUAAUAUGGCUGUGCUUAAAUGAUUGCAGACUGAGCCAAGUUUAAUAUUUUUUUGUAACGUGUGAAAACAGUUGCCAAUUGAUAUUGUUUUACAUCAAGCAAUCAAUAAAGAAAACUGCCAUAUAUAAAUAUA